UUUAACGAGCUCACUCGGUCUGUGAUUUUCAGGAAAAGCGCCAGUGCAGUGUAUAUAGUCUAUGCUGUUCUUUCGUUGUAAUUACUGGUAAACGCAGAGACUCAGAGAGAGAGAGAGAGAGAGAGAGAGAGCGAGGGAGCAUUGAAAGGGAAGAGCUCAGGGAAGGAGGCGAUGACGGAAGAUUCAGAGAGAAAAGAAGAGGUUACCUUGGAAGAGUUGAAGAAGAAAAUGGCGGAUUUUGCACGGGAAAGAGACUGGGAUCAGUUCCAUAGCCCUAGAAAUCUCCUCCUCGCUCUGGUGGGAGAAGUGGGGGAGGUGUCCGAGAUAUUCCAGUGGAGAGGGGAGGUGGCGAGAGGGCUGCCGGAUUGGAAAGACAAAGAGAAAGAACAUUUGGGGGAAGAGCUUUCCGACGUGUUGCUGUACCUGGUGAGGCUGUCCGACAUAUGCGGUAUCGAUUUAGGGAAAGCUGUUCUUCGGAAGCUCCAAAUCAACGCCCUCAAGUACCCAGUUCAUCUCUGCAAGGGCUCUUCCAAGAAGCACACCCACCUCUGCUCCCCCGCCAAUGUCGUCCUCAACCAGCAACAUCAAAAUCAAAAUCACUUUUGAAUUCUGAUGACUUUUCUGUGAUGGGAAUCUUGUGUUGUACUCCCUUGACUUCCAGUUGAUCGUCUUUCUUUCUUCUUAUUUUGUUUGGCUACGUUCCUCUUUCCUUGGAUUGUUUAGGGUUUUAAUCUACUUUACAUGGCCCUGUACAGUCUUUGUUUUAUGGUAUACGUCGCUCUCUCUCUGUAUGUGAUUGGCUGUUGACCCUAUGGUUGGUAGGAUUUUUGCUUUUAUUUAUUUAUUUACUCGAGGACUUGAAAAUGUUAAUUAAUUUAGAAAUUAAAAUAUCUUAAUGUCAAAA